CAGGUCCUUCUGGUUAGGUUAGACACAUACUGUAUAUUGUACUAUUAGUUGAGAAAUGUUAGGGUUUGGUUACGUCAGUUUCUUGCUUGUUUUUACCUCACAAUUUCCCUCUACUUCAAAGCCCUGACCACUUUGUGUGAUCAAAAUUCCAUGGUUUUAAUUGAAAUCUGACUGGCAACUUCAUAUUUUUUUUAGCUCCUUAUUCCCUCAACUUAACUAAAGUUACUGAAAUUCAACAACUGACUAGAUAUACCAAGUAGCAGAGAAUACUGUAGGAUCUGAGGUUGCAGCUUGUAAUGAGUGGUGCUGAACUUGGCAAUGGGAGGGAUGGGGAAGUGCUGGAGGGAUUUUUGUGCCCAUUUUGCUUCUUAGACCUAACAUCCAUCACACAGCUCCAGGCACACUUUGAGGAACAGCACGAAUCUGAAGACAAAGCUGUACUCCAGUCACUCAAAGGUUUCUUGAAUAAAGCAAAGAAAAAACUGUUGAAUGAGGAUGAACCAGACUUUGUGCCAGCAAGAAACCAUAACCCGUUUGAUGAUGGCGCUGUGGAGUAUGAGCCUAAUAACCCUUGGAAUUGGGAUCCUCCGCCUCUAGGACCUUCAAGAUCUCACACAGCGCUCUUCAAAAAAAUAAGAAGUGCAAGGAUAGAUUCUUUUGUCGCAGAAACAAAUAAAUUGCUUAUCAGACUAGACAAACUGCUGAAAGACUUACCCAGUGAUCCAGUCAAAAGAAAAGCUCAUGAGCGAAGUAUUGUCAUGUGGGCAGACGACAAAGAUGUUCCACUCUGUCCAUUCUGUGCUCGCUCAUUUAACCUGGCUCGUCGUCGUCAUCACUGUCGGCUGUGUGGAGGCAUCAUGUGUAACGAGUGUUCUCACUUUCUCGAAUUUGAAUAUGCAAAAAAACUUAUCAGUCCAGUUCACCAAGGCAGCAUGGUUCAGUCGGCAGCUGUGAAUGUCAGCAGUGGAGUGGGUUCCAGCAUGUCUUCUCUUUUUUCGGGUAUCUCAGGUCUCCGGCGGUCUGGCUCGCAGGGCUCCCUCAAUUCACUUCUCUCUGUGAUGGAUUCUAUGACUACAGAACAAAAUUUUCGAAUAUGUACACAUUGUAUGACGCGUCUCCAGGCAAGAGACAAUCAAGUGGAGCAGCGCACAUCAAAACCAACACUGUCGAUGUAUUAUGAAAAAUUGAUGGAAUACAGAUCUCAAAUUGAGAGCCUUUUACCACAAUUUAUACGUAUGGCAGAGUCGUUAAGUUGUGGAGAAACUACAUACAGUUUGCGUGAUGCUGAAGAACUAAGAGUGAAAAUCCUCAAAAAAGGGGAUAGUCUCAACUCCAUGGCUCAGCGUGUGCGUAACCUUGGUAGCAGCACAGGGCAAGACAUAGGAGAUGCAGCUUCAAGCCAUGUUCCUCCUUCAGGUCCACGACAAGAACUCUUGCAACGCAGAAUACAGUCAACUACAACAGCAUUUCUCAAAGAACAAAUUCUUAGUCUACCUAAGUUACCAACUCAUCAGGAGCUGAAGGAGAUGCAAGAGAGGAGAAGAAUGGAAGCUGAAGCUCGACUAGCAGCAGAGAAGGAAGCAACACGUCGAGCAGAGGCACGUGCAGCUGAGAUCUUACGACGCAGAGACCGAGAUUCAAGAGACUCUCCACGUUCCACACCAUCGCGCUCCAGCAGUGUUACUCCUCCAUCUUUUUCCAGCCUCAAGAAGCGACAGCAAACAGAGGAGGUGGUAGUGGACACAGGCUGGGGGGCAGACUCCUCAGCUCAUAAUGUGACUGAGACAGAUGACCCAAUGAUUCAACAGAUGAAUAUCAUUAGGAAUUAUAUCAAACAAGCCAGGGAAGCGAGUCGUUAUGACGAUGUGCCGUUACUAGAAGCAAACCUUCGAGAACUUCAAGAGGAGUAUAAGAAACAACAGAGACUUAUGAAUCCAUAGUACAGUAAAGGUCUUGGUGACUACUCAUAAUACUCAAAAUUCUUCCUCAUUUUUUUUAUAGGGGGAUAUACUUACUGUACUCAUAAUUCUAAACAAGCAUACAGUAUUUUCUAUUAAUUGAGCAUUUAAGUGUUAUCAUGAUAAACAAGAUGUAAGUAGUGUAUAUUAAGAGAUUCUGAAAUUUAAAUUAAGUUCUCAUAUCCAAUACAUUACCAGGAAGUUCGGCUUGUCCUUCCUGUUAUCUACCAUUACAGUGUCUUUAUUCUUAGUUGUCACUAAGCCUUCGUCCUCAGAAAAUUCCCUUGUGUACUUUAGCAACUGCAUUUAUAUUCUGUUAAAUUUUUUAUACAGAUAUAAACAUUUUGUAUUUUACUUAAUGGUGUUGGAAGAUCAGUUAGUUUGUGUGUUCGUUAGGCGUCAGUGAAAGUAAAGUGAAAGUAAAAGAGUCACUAGGAAUUUGUUAGUUCUACAGCAGCCUUAUCACCUCGUACUGGGUACAAUGUUUAUUGAAUCUGUAAUGACAUUGGCUCUUCCAUUAAAUGUAUAAGUUUUUUUUUUACAUUUAUAAAAAGCAAUGUUCAGUUGCUCCAUAUUUAUUUACCAUUGAAUUUUUUAUUGGUAAUAUUUAACAGAAUUCAGGGUUGUUAUUUAAAGGCAGACAACCAAUAUUUGGUUUACUUUGACCACUUGACUUGUCUACGCUGCCAGUAUAUGUAUAAUGUACAUUCUUCAUAGUUAAGGUAAUAAGGCUUCCUCAUAUAGAGAACAAGAAUGUCCCUACAGCACAUAUCUGCUUUAAUUUGCCGCACAUUUCUUAAACUGUUUAUGACACAAUCUUGUAUUAUUGUUUUCUUGUUCUGUACUAUAUAGCUGACAAUUUAUUCAGCAAAAACAUACUAUGCAAAUCCACGUGAAAUAUGCUUAAUAUCUGAGGUGAAGUAUUAAUGAUAACUUGAAUAAGAUUGACCAUGUGAUUUUCAAUAUUACUUGAUUCAAAAUGAAUAUUGUGUUGUAUGUUGUUAUGUUGUAUAGAUCUUUUUGUAUUAUAAAUUCAUAAGAUUAUAUAUAUAAAUUCUCACUUUUUUAAAGGUAGGGUAUACCAAAGAUUAUUGAAAGCUCAUGAAAUUUCCUCUAUGUCUUUAUAUAGAUUCUCUAUCCGUAACAAAGUAUUGUACAACUUUAUCAAUUGUGCCUCAGCUGGUUUUAGUGCUGUAUAUGUUUUUUUUUCUGAUUUUUUUUAUAACUGUAUGUAGAGGAGUUAAUGCAUCAUAAGACUGCUGAUUAAAUCAGAUACUUCUCUACACUCAAAUAAGAUUUUAAGACACUUAUCCCAACAUUCCAAUUUUUUGUAAAUGGUUUUUUCAUGGGUUAUAGAACUAUGCAGAUUACAUUGGUACUAGUAUACUGUAUUUAUAUACAGUGUUCAAUAAAUGGAUGCUAACUUUAUUUCCAUAAUUGAGUGGACCUUAGCUAUUUUUGCAGCAUGAUUUAGCUUCAUAUAGCUUUACAGUAUAACCUCAAAAUGAUGCAUUAUCAAUGAUGUUACCACAAAAGUAAGUUUUUCAUAUCUUGAACUCAGUUGCUAAUGGUUUACAGUCAUAUAAACUGAUGCAGAGCUGCCAGUACUGUAAAUAUAAAUGACUUUGUACUGGAGUAUGUUCUUACAUUUAGUCAUAUUUAGUACAGUACAGGUACAGUAUAUGGAAGAGUUUGAUGGCUCACAACCAUAUCAUUUCAUCUUGGUCUUAGUUUUACACACACAUAUUAGUUCCUUAAAUUGGAAGCAUUUGCUGUUUUACUUGUAAUGCUGUAUUUGGAAAUACAAAUAAUUGUGGUGACAAGUUAAUUAAUAAAAAUAAUAAUUCAAAAGAAAA